AUGUCCUCCUCCUCAUCCUCCCCCAGGGAGUCGUACGAGGAGGACAGAGAGUACGAGAGCCAGGCCAAGCGCCUCAAGACCGAGGAGGGGGAGAUCGACUACUUGGCGGAGGAAGGGGAGAACCGCCGGGAAGCGACGCCCCGGGGCGGGGGCGAUGGCGGCGGCGGCCGGAGCUUCUCACAGCCGGAGGCAGGUGGAAGUCGUCAUAAAGUUUCUGUUUCACCCGUUGUCCAUGUUCGAGGACUAUGUGAAUCUGUGGUGGAAGCAGACCUUGUGGAGGCUCUGGAAAAAUUUGGGACAAUAUGCUAUGUGAUGAUGAUGCCGUUUAAACGGCAGGCUCUAGUGGAAUUUGAGAACAUAGAUAGUGCCAAAGAAUGUGUGACGUUUGCUGCAGAUGAACCCGUGUACAUAGCUGGUCAGCAGGCUUUUUUCAACUAUUCUACGAGCAAAAGGAUCACUCGGCCAGGAAAUACUGAUGAUCCAUCAGGAGGCAACAAAGUUCUUCUGCUAUCAAUUCAGAAUCCUCUCUAUCCAAUUACAGUGGAUGUUUUAUAUACUGUAUGCAAUCCUGUUGGAAAAGUGCAGCGUAUUGUUAUAUUCAAGAGAAAUGGAAUACAAGCAAUGGUUGAGUUUGAAUCAGUCCUUUGUGCCCAGAAAGCUAAAGCAGCACUUAAUGGAGCAGAUAUAUAUGCCGGAUGUUGCACACUAAAAAUUGAAUAUGCAAGGCCAACUCGUCUAAAUGUUAUUAGGAAUGACAAUGACAGUUGGGACUACACUAAACCAUAUUUGGGAAGACGAGAUAGAGGAAAGGGUCGCCAGAGACAAGCCAUUCUGGGAGAACACCCUUCUUCGUUUAGACAUGAUGGCUAUGGAUCCCAUGGUCCAUUAUUACCCUUACCAAGUCGUUACAGAAUGGGCUCUCGAGAUACACCUGAGCUUGUUGCCUAUCCGUUACUGCAGGCUUCUUCCUCUUAUAUGCAUGGAGAAAAUCCUUCUGGUUCAGUUGUAAUGGUUAGUGGAUUACAUCAACUAAAGAUGAAUUGUUCAAGAGUCUUCAACCUAUUCUGCUUAUAUGGAAAUAUUGAAAAGGUAAAAUUUAUGAAGACCAUUCCUGGUACAGCACUGGUAGAAAUGGGUGAUGAGUACGCUGUAGAAAGAGCUGUCACACAUCUUAACAAUGUCAAGUUAUUUGGGAAAAGACUUAACGUUUGUGUGUCUAAACAACAUUCAGUUGUUCCAAGUCAAAUAUUUGAGCUGGAGGAUGGUACAAGUAGCUACAAGGAUUUUGCAAUGAGCAAAAAUAAUCGCUUCACAAGUGCUGGCCAAGCAUCUAAGAAUAUAAUCCAGCCGCCCUCGUGCGUGCUUCAUUAUUAUAAUGUUCCAUUGUGUGUCACAGAAGAGACCUUCACAAAGUUGUGUAAUGACCAUGAAGUUCUUACAUUCAUCAAAUAUAAAGUGUUUGAUGCAAAACCUUCUGCCAAAACACUUUCUGGGCUCUUAGAAUGGGAAUGCAAAACUGAUGCAGUAGAAGCCCUCACAGCACUAAAUCACUACCAGAUAAGAGUUCCAAAUGGUUCCAAUCCCUAUACACUGAAGCUUUGCUUUUCUACAUCAUCCCAUUUAUAAGAAGAGAAGAGCAUGUUACAGUUUAUGUUUACCUUUAUUACAAAUUUAAAGCUACACUUCAUUUAAAAAAAAAACUAAAAUGGUUGAUCUAAUGUUGCCUUGCUUACUUUGAUUUAAGAUCCUGUUCUGUAAUAAAUAUUUUGCCUUGAGUAAAUUUGUUGCAAACUUAAAUACUGAAUUGCUUUCAUUUUAAAUAGAAUAUCAUAAUGUAGACUAUCUACAGCUUCCUUGUAGAUUACACAAAUAUAUGAUUUCUAAUCUUAUUUUUCUUCCACAGUGAAAAUAUAUUUGCAUUCUUAAUGCUAAUUAUCUGCAAGUAUUUUUCCAUUGUGUAUGAGAUUAAUGCAGGUGAAAGUAUUGCAUUUUAAUAUUAUAGAAUUUCUAUUAUAUGUUUAGAUGUUUAAGUAUGUUGCAGUUAUUCAUAUUAAACAUAACUUGUAUUUAUUAAGUAUUUUAAUCAAGUUUGAGAAUAACAUUGCAUAUAUUAAAUUUUAAGUACUACAGAUUUAGCUGAUUUUAUAUUUCUGAGAGGCUAACAGACAUAUGGAUACACUUGUACAGUAUGCACUCAAACUUAUUUAAAUUGGUGUAUU